CGGCACACACAUAGAAGGCGGAGAAUAGUGCUUUUUUCCCCCACCUGUGCCACUGAGCCGGCCAGCCGGCCCCGCGUAUACAGCGAAGCUACCACGGACACUGCGGCCGGCCGGAUUGGCCGCGCGUGCGUGCGACCGACCGGAGAGUCCGAGCUAGUAGAUCUACUACUACUAGCCAGAGACUCGAGAAUACCAGCAGUGGCCGGCUGGUGACUGGUGAGUGAAUAGCAAGCAAAGCCUCUCUGCGUUGGUCGACCUCUUCGCCGCCCGUUCAGCUCCAGCGUCCAAAAGCAGGCCGAUAAAAUCCGUCCCUCUCCGGCUCGUUGUCCCCCUGUUGCACAAGAGGGAAAGGCCGCGAACGGGGCUUCCAUUCCAGUAUUCAACUACAGUAGCAGUUGCCUCGCUCGCCCUCGCGCCGCGUUCUUAGCUAGCACCGCGCGGUCCCGGCCGACGGACGCGCCAAUGGCCGCCAACAGCUCCUCGUCCUACCCGCCCACCGCACGGCCCGCGCCGCGCGGCCCGCCCCCUCGCCCAUUGUCCCCGCUCGGGGAGGCGGAGACGGCGAGCCACCACGGCGCCUCGGAGAUGCGGCGCAAGGCCAGGAAGCAGAAGCAGCUGUGGCCGAAGACGGUGCUGCGGAAGUGGCUCAACAUCAAGUCGCCGGAAUCCGACUUCAGCGCCGACGAGGGCGACACCGACAGCGAGUCCGAGUAUGAAGAGAUGUGUGGUUGGGAGCGCCAACAAUUUGAUCAGGAGAGAAGACUGCGUGGAUUGGGUGCCCAGACGAUUGAUAGCCAAACCGAGGGUGUUCCGUACGGACUUAAUAGAAGGCGCAAGUCAGAGACUCUUCGUGCUCAGUAUAUCGAUGUCAAGGAACUAAGGGUCUGCGUAGGAACAUGGAAUGUUGCAGGCAAACUUCCACCUAAAGAUUUGAAUAUUCAAGAAUGGUUGGAUAUGAAGGAGCCGGCUGAUAUAUAUGUUCUUGGAUUUCAAGAAAUUGUUCCAUUAAAUGCUGGGAAUAUAUUUGGUGCUGAAGACAACCGUCCUGUUUCAGCGUGGGAACAUAUCAUUCGUGAAACACUGAAUAAGAUUAGUCCAGAUAAACCAAAAUAUAAAAGUCACAGUGAUCCUCCGUCUCCAUCAAGGUUCAAGCCAUCUGAUGAUGCUCUUGCGAUGGAAGAUGAACUCAAUAGUGAGUCUGACAGCGAAAGUGGCGGAGAAGUGCACCCAUUGAACGAACAAGAUUUUGUGGUUGUUGUUGGUGAUGAUGGUAUUCAUAGCAACACACAUGAACACUCCACUUUUGCUCCUGAUGAAGCUAUACUACAAGGCGAUAACUUCAGCAGGUUGCCUUCAGUAAAGACUUUCAGUAGAUCCCAUAACAUAAGUUUCAAAGACUAUGCAUGCAACUUAGAAGAGUCGAUCAACCAAAAGAUGUUAACAAAAACACUCAGUCACUCAGAGAGGCUUGGCAUGAUUUGGCCCGAACAGCCAUUGGAUAUGUUGGUGCAGUGUCUUCCAGACAGCACACAAGCGUUUACUUCUGGGAAGGCAUUAAAAACACAUUUUUCUUUCAAAUCAGUUAAUGCAGAUUCCUGUGCUUUUCCAGAGGACAGUGUACUUCAUGGUUUAAACAUUGACAGUGUGGUAGCUAAAGCGAAAAGAUCAUACUUUGUAAGGAUAAUAAGCAAGCAGAUGGUUGGAGUAUUUCUUUCAAUAUGGGUACGAAGGAGCCUGCGAAAGCACAUUCAGAAUGUGAAAGUAUCAACUGUAGGUGUAGGUGCUAUGGGCUACAUUGGUAAUAAGGGAUCAAUAUCAGUAAGCAUGUCAGUAUAUCAAACACACUUCUGCUUUAUAUGUUGCCACCUGACCUCUGGAGAAAAGGAUGGCGAUGAACUAAAAAGGAAUGCUGAUGUGCAAGACAUCCAUCGAAGGACAAUAUUUAAUCCAGUUUCCAGAGUGAGCACCCCUAAGACAAUAUAUGAUCACGAAAGGAUUCUCUGGUUAGGGGAUCUCAAUUAUAGGAUCAACUUAUCAUAUGACAAAACACAUGAAUUCAUAUCCAACCAGGACUGGAAUGGGUUGUUUUUGAAAGACCAGCUAAGAGUAGAACUGAGGAAAGGGCGUCUAUUCGAUGGGUGGACGGAAGGAGUUAUCAGCUUUCCUCCAACAUAUAAGUACAAGUUUAACUCAAAGAAGUACACAAGCGAUGAGCCAAAAUCUGGAAGGAGGACACCUGCAUGGUGCGACCGGAUUCUUUCGUAUGGCACUGGAAUGAGGUUAUUGUCCUACGAGGCAAUUGAUAUGCGACUAUCUGAUCACCGCCCUGUUAAGGCCGUGUACACGGUGGAUAUCGAGGUUUUCAGUCCCAGAAAGUUGCAGAGAGCCCUCACCUUUACAGAUGCAGAGGUUGAGGAUCGACUGUCCUCCGAGGACGAGUGCAUCUCCGGAAUCUACACCCUCGGGCUAUCGUAAGUCCAGAUGUUUAACAUCUGGGCCAUUUGUGUAGUGAAUGAAGUUUGUAAUACAGACGCCGGCUGCCGCUUAACCCUGUCCGGCCAUGGCCUCUUGGCUGUGUGCUGAGACGAGGCUUCUUGUUGUGCGGUGCCUCCCCUGUUUUCUUGUCGUGUGCAUCUUUGAGUUUAAGAAACAGUAAUGCCAUAUGUAAUGAUCACCCCAGUUGUAAUUACACCAUUGGAUACUGUAAUUAAAGUUCCAGGUUCCAGGCAGGCUGAUUGUGCAGUUCAGUUUCGUAA